AUGACGCUCGAUAUCGCGAUAGGCAGUGAUAUGGAAAUUGCUCUAGCGAUCCUCCCCCUCGGGGGUGUCGUGAGGUCGACGGCGCGCCUGCGAUUGCGCCCAGCACUGCUUGUCCGCUCAAAGCCAUGGAAAUUACCUGUGCAAGGACGAGCAAGACUCUAUUCAACACCUAUUAACGAUGAGUUUCCGCUCAAACGCUCUCUGUCAGUUCCCGCUUCGCCUAGAUUUAAUGAAAUCGGUGUCCAGCAACUCAGCGACUAUGUUCAUCCUCAGGUGUUCCCAAACAAGGGCCGAGUCCCUGAUCCGGAUCUUGUCGCUCUCUCUAAAGACCACCUAGCGCGACACGAUCUCCUUGGCAAAUCCCAGACCGGAGCAGACCCGAUCGCAUUUGAUUUACCACCCCUUCAAGGUCAGACGCUUGAUGAGCAUUUUUACAAGCUCGGAAUGGAUGCAUCCGAACCAUACUUGUCGAAUGCGAAAACGUUUGCCGCCAUCAGCUGUCCGACAAAACCGCGAAAAUGGGUGAAACGCAGUGGAUGGACCAAAUACAAUGGAGACGGCUCAUCGGAGCCUGUGGAUGCCCCCAAUGAGGAAAUGCUGACCUUUGAUACGGAGGUUAUGUAUAAGGAUAAUCCUUUUGCGGUCAUGGCUUGCGCAGUGAGUCCGACAGCAUGGUAUGCAUGGUUAUCUCCUUGGCUGUUGGGGGAAUCGCAAGAAAAGACGCACUUGGUGCCUUUGGGAGAUCCUUCGCAGUCACGUAUCGUGGUUGGCCAUAAUAUUGGUUACGACCGUGCCCGGGUUCUAGAAGAGUAUGAUAUGCAGCAGACUCGCAACUUCUUCCUCGACACAAUGUCUCUCCAUGUUGCGGUAAACGGCAUGUGCUCCCAGCAGAGGCCAACUUGGAUGCGCCACAAGAAAAACAAAGAUCUGAGAGAUAAGAUUGCGAGUGAGCAUAACUCGAUGGAACUGGCUGCGUUGCUCGAGAACAACAUGCUGAGAGAAGAGGAGGAAGAACUGUGGGUGGGUAGAAGCUCGGUGAACUCUCUGCGAGAAGUUGCCAAAUUCCACUGUGACGUGACCAUUGACAAGGCUCAAAGAGACUUCUUUGGUGAGCUUGACCGAGAAACACUUCUCACGAAGCUGGACGAACUUCUCGACUACUGUGCUGCCGACGUUGCGAUUACCCACCGUGUCUACAGGAAAGUUUUCCCUAAUUUCCUGGAGACCUGCCCUCAUCCUGUCAGUUUCGGGGCUCUUCGACACUUGUCUUCCGUCAUCCUACCUGUCAACCAAACCUGGCAGGAAUACCUCACCAAAGCUGAGGAAACAUACCACAAACAACUUGAUGGUGUCCAACGGAAAAUGCUUGAAUUAUGCAACGAAGCCCUGAAAGUGAAAGAUCAAGCUGAUAUCUACACGAACGAUCCCUGGCUACGGCAGCUGGACUGGUCCGGUCAAGAGAUCAAAAUGGUUAAAGGAAAGAAGAAAGGCGACCCUCCUCGCCCGGCUGCAAGGCAAAAGAAGCCGGGAAUGCCUAAGUGGUACAAGGAUCUUUUCCCUUCGAGCAAUGCGGAAAUCAAUCUUACCGUUCGGACGAGAAUCGCUCCGAUCCUGCUCAAGCUGUCUUGGGAUGGUUACCCUCUUGUCUGGUCUGACAAGUAUGGCUGGACUUUCCGAGUUCCCCGUGAUCAAGUCAAGAAAUACGAAAACCAACCGGUCGUUGUGUGCGACAUGGCGGAGGAACAGAAUCUGCAGCUACGUGACGAUCGAAAGAACUCAUACUUCAAGAUCCCUCACAAAGAUGGCCCGCAGGCCCGCAGCACGAAUCCGUUAGGCAAGGGUUACAUGCAGUACUUCGAGCGUGGAAUCUUGUCCUCUCAAUUUGAGCUUGCCAAAGAGGCCUUGAACAUGAAUGCCUCCUGCUCAUAUUGGAUUAGUGCCAGAGACCGGAUCAAAGGCCAGAUCGUGGUUUAUGAGGAUCAGGUACGGAAGAGUGGUUCCACACAAGCCCAGGCCGAAAAUCGGAUAGGGUUCAUCCUGCCCCAGGUAAUUCCCAUGGGUACCAUCACUCGUCGUGCCGUGGAGAAUACCUGGCUCACUGCCAGCAAUGCGAAGUCAAAUCGCGUUGGAUCUGAGCUGAAGGCCAUGAUCAAGGCGCCUCCAGGCCAUGUUUUUGUUGGUGCGGAUGUUGACUCUCAGGAGCUGUGGAUUGCCAGUCUUGUUGGCGAUGCCUCGUUUCAGCUGCAUGGGGGUAACGCAAUCGGUUUCAUGACCUUGGAAGGUUCCAAGGCUGCUGGAACCGACUUGCAUUCCCGCAGUGCUUCAAUUCUUGGUAUCUCGCGCAAUGACGCCAAGGUGUUCAACUAUGGUCGCAUCUAUGGAGCCGGCGUCAAGUUUGCUGCGACUCUGCUUCGCCAAUUCAACCCUUCUCUGACUGAGAGGCAAACUCAGGAGACGGCAGCCAACCUGUACAAGCAAACUAAAGGCACCCGGACGACUCGCCGUAUUUUGAGCGACACACCUUUUUGGCGUGGCGGCACAGAGUCAUUUGUGUUCAACAAGCUGGAAGAGUUUGCAGAGCAGGAAAGGCCAAGAACCCCUGCUCUAGGCGCUGGAAUCACCGAAGCACUUAUGCGCCGCUUUAUCAACAAGGGUAGUUUCAUGACCUCUCGGAUUAAUUGGGCCAUUCAAUCGUCGGGUGUUGACUAUCUUCACCUUCUCAUUGUGGCGAUGGAUUAUCUCAUUCGGCGGUUCAACAUUCAAGCUCGGCUGUCCAUUACUGUUCAUGAUGAGAUUCGCUACCUGGUGAAGGAUGAAGACAAGUACCGCGCAGCUCUGGCACUUCAGAUCGCCAACGUUUGGACGCGCGCGAUCUUCUCGCAGCAAGUCGGCAUUGAUGACCUCCCUCAGUCCUGUGCAUACUUCUCCGCUGUCGAUAUUGACCACGUGUUGCGGAAAGAGGUUGACAUGGACUGCAUCACUCCUUCGCACCCGCAUAAAAUCCCCCACGGCGAGACCUUGGAUAUCGCACAGCUGUUGGAAAAGAACCAGGAGGCAUUCUUGGACCCUUCUAUCAUUCCCGCCUCCUCUCCCCAUCCCGAGAAGUAUGGCUAUACCCCUCGAGAGUCGGUCAUGUCCACCCUGCAGGCCUCAAAUGAUCCCGCAUUCAUCAAAGCCCAAAUCACAAAGGAUGAUAAGGAGCUGCGCGAGAUCAUCAAGGAGAAAACCCAAGCUGCAAGCGGUGGCAAGGCCGCUGCAUCGCGCUCUUCUGCUUCCACAACCAGAAGUAAGUCCACUAGCUGGGUGUCUGCGGAGCCCCAACGCGCAGUCCUCAUGGACAUGGAAUCUGGCUUGUAUCCUGAUUUCCGAACUCCUCCUCGAUCAUCCUCCACCGGAAACGGGAAACAUCAACCUCAAGUUGGCAUGUACCGCUCUUGGAAACCUCGACCUUCAGCCCGCGCAUAG